UAGCCGGCCGGCGGAAGACUAUUUUUUGUUAUUUAUCACUGUAUAUUUUAAAUAUUGUCGGGUUUCCUCAGGUUGCAGAUUUAUUAAAUAUAUAUAUAUUUGUCGUUAUACAUUCUUAAUACGUCUGUCAGGGCCGUCGCCUGCCUUCUAUAAACAUUAGCUGCCGUGUUAUUGUUUUAGAGGACUUUAUUAUUAUUUCAUUAGCAAUGCUCUGUAGCUAACGCUGGUUAGCCUAACCAGCAGCCUGCUAGUAAGCUAGCUCCUGCGCUGUGUUGAUUAAAUCAUAUCACCAACACGAAGUGAUGGCCGAGCUCUUUCCUCGGUUUAAUCUGCUGAAACUGGGCUGGAGAGCUCUGAAAUUCAGAAAAACAUCUCCAUUACCGUGCUCAGCUCAGACCAGCCGAAGCAGCAGCAGCAGCAGUUGUGGACCCAGCUCAUUUGGGUUGCUCUUCGACAUUGAUGGGGUCCUGGUCCGUGGAAGAACUCCCAUUCCUGCAGCUAAGCAGUGCUUUAGGAAACUGGUGGAUGGAAAUGGAAAGUAUAAAGUCCCUGUGGUGUUUGUGACCAAUGCAGGCAACUCUAUGCGCCAGACCAAAGCUGAACAGUUAUCUCAUCUUCUAGAAGUAGAGGUGUCACCAGAUCAGGUCAUGUUGUCCCACAGUCCUUUGCGGGUCUUCACUCAGUUCCAUGAGAUGUGUGUGCUAGUAUCUGGACAGGGGCCGAUUUUGGAAGUUGCACAAAAUUUGGGUUUUCAAAAUGUUGUCACUAUAGAUAUGCUGAGAAAGGCAUACCCUCUGCUGGAUGUGGUGGAUCACAACCGUAGACCCAAAAACGUGGUUCCAUCUCCCAAAGAGUUACCACAAAUUGAAGCUGUUGUUCUCUUUGGUGAGCCAAUCAGGUGGGAGACUAAUCUACAGCUAAUUAUGGAUGUUCUGUUGACUAAUGGAAGACCAGGAAACCCUGUAACAUCCUUGCAUUACCCACAUAUCCCUGUGUUGGCUUGCAAUAUGGAUCUGUUGUGGAUGGCAGAAGCAAAGAACCCUCGAUUUGGUCAUGGGAUGUUCCUAGUUUGUCUGGAGAGUCUCUAUAAAAAAAUUACAGGUCAUGACUUGCAAUAUGAAGCUCUGAUUGGCAAGCCCAGUGUGGUAACUUACAACUAUGCUGAGCUGCUGAUCAGACAGCAGGCAGAGAGUCUGGGUUGGACAGAACCAGUUCGGAGACUUUAUGCCAUUGGGGACAACCCAAUGGCUGACAUUUAUGGCGCAAACCUCUAUAACCGCUACCUACAGUCAACACGCUGUGCGAGGGCUCAGGUGCAGGCCCAGGGAGGCAUCGCUGGUCAGGUAGCAGGUGAUGUUCAGUAUGAAACAGUUGAUGAUGCUAAAAACUCUGGUAAGGUGAUGGUGGGGGGCUCAUAUGAGCAUUGUUUGCCAGAGGGAUGCAGCUCCAUCCUGGUUUGCACAGGCGUCUACAGCCGAGACCAGGAGGACCUGGCCCCUGAUCAGACAGUCACAGAGCAGCGUAUUUUCCACGGGCAUCGGGAUUUCCGCUUUGACCCGAGCCUGAUCCAGCCCAGCUUUGUGGUUCAUGAUGUACUAGAGGCUGUGGAGCUGGUCUUCCAGCAAGAGUCCUGUCCCCUUGAGUGAACCAAAGGCUCAUCAGACCUACCAAGAUUUAUUACCUCACACACUGGAGGGUUGGGCAGGUCAAACAGUUGAACAGUUUUGACUGUAACAGCUUAUAUAUGAUAAAGGACAUUGAUUAAUGUAAAAAAAAACAUUUUUAUAAUCCACCACAAAGAAGCCAUAUAAGCAUUAAGACGAAAAGGAAAACAAUGUUCAAUGUUUAAAUGUUGUGCAACAUUGUGCAAUCUUUCUUGUUUUAGUCUGUAUAAUAUUAUGCCACACUUUUAUAUUGUGUAUUUUUAAAUAGACAUCAGGUUUACCAUCAUUUGUCAACACUGUCAUCAUGCAAAUUGUUUUUAUCAGAUAUGCAGGUUGUGGAGUUUUAUUUUUUAUUUUUUAAGCUUUUAAAAUUGUAUGCAAAAUGUUAUAUUUUUUGCUCAGCCAUACAAUGCAAUUUUUAUUUGUAGAUUUAAAAAAAGGGAUAAAUCUUGCCAGAUGAAUAUUGUUUGCCUUGCUAUUUGUCAGUUGCUGUUUUAAAUUUGAUAUUGUUCUUUGCUUGUUCUCAGCCAAAAUAAAUGAAAUUUUGAGAAUUCGA